AUGUCGACUGCACCCAAGGUUAUCAUCAUCAGUGCUGAUGAAGAGAAGUUCCCCGUGGACGUCAAGGUCGCGGAGAAGCUGGUGUUGAUCAAGAACAUGAUCAGCGACUUGAACCCCGACGGGUUGUCCGAGGACUUUGAAAUUCCCACCCCUAAUGUCAGAGCCAACGUGUUACUGAAGGUUUUGGAAUGGUGUGAACACCACAAGAACACCCCCUUCCCCGACGACGACGAUGAAGACGCCAGAAAGCUGGCCCCCGUCGACGAAUGGGACAAGAACUUCUUGAAGGUCGACCAAGAAAUGUUAUACGAGAUCAUUCUCGCGGCCAACUACUUGAACAUCCGUCCGUUGUUGGACUCCGGGUGCAAGAUCGUUGCCGAGAUGAUCCGUGGCAAGUCGCCCGAGGAAUUGAGACGUAUUUUCAACAUCGUCAACGAUUUCUCCCCUGAAGAAGAAGCCGCCAUUCGUCGGGAAAACGAAUGGGCCGAAGAUCGUUAG